CGCCGGAAAACCAUCGGGAAAGCCCAUCCUCGACGUAAACUGCGGACACGCAUCCAUGAAUCAUCACUAAGCAGACUGAAGUUGAUAUUGGGGUGGAGAGUAAAGAAGCUUGAUUGACAAGGAGGAAGAAGCUUUCAAUUAAUCAUGUUGUUAUGGAUAAUUUGUGAUUUGCUUCAAUUUUCUUGAGUUUUCUAUAUUGGUGUUGAACAAUUUGUAUGGUUAAUUUGUGAUUUGCUUGAAUUUUCUAGAAUGGUGUUUUAUAUAUGGAUA